UCGUGAUCCACCUGCCUCAACCUCCCAAAGUGUUGGGAUUACCGGCGUGAGCCACCGCUCCCGGUCUGACAGUUAUUUCUUACAUGAAAAUACACAGAUGUUGAACUAAAACCUGAUUUAAGACGAAAUAUAUAAUACCAAAUGGCAUUAUAGAUUUUGCCCAAUUUUCUCAACCCUUUUCUCCUUCACCAUCCUACAGAGAGCUAGAGAUGUUGAAUAGAUAAAGCAAGAUGGGGACCUGAUUUAUUGACUUGUCUGCGAGAGUCUUGUCACUUAAGCAGAAGGAAAUUUGUGGAAACAAAAAAGGGAAAGAGGAUAGAACCAGUUUGUCUAUUAAGAUUACACAGUAUCUCAUUUAAUUUCCUGCCACUUUCUUUCCUUAAGGUGGGAGUUUUCUUUUUAAUCUUCCUCCCUACAUUUGAGAAUUUUUGAGUGGGGAAUAAAUGUAGCAUACCAUUCUGACUGGUUGAGGGAAGGAAGGAUAGUUUAGUAUUUGUUAAUUCAUUCAAAAUAUUGAGCCUCUGUAAGUACAUUGCAGUCCUGAACGUAAUGACAGGACUCCCACCCUUUUGGAACCUGGGAUGGGAGCAGAAUGCUAAGAAGGGCGUUGAAGGAAAUGCUACAAUGAAAAAGAAAUGGAAUCUAGUUCAUCAGACUACUGUAAUAAAGACAAUGAAGAGGAAAGUUUGCUUGCAAAUGUUGCUUCCUUAAGACAUGAACUGAAGAUAACAGAAUGGAGUUUGCAGAGUUUAGGGGAAGAGUUAUCCAGUGUUAGUCCAAGUGAAAAUUCUGAUUAUGCCCCUAAUCCUUCAAGGUCUGAAAGGCUAAUUUUGGAUGUUCAGCCUAGCCACCCUGGACUUCUGAAUUAUUCACCUUAUGAAAACGUUUGUAAAAUAUCUGGUAGCAGCACUGAUUUUCAAAAAAAGGCAAGAGAUAAGAUGUUUUCAUCUUCUACCCCUGUGGAUCAGGAGAUUAAAAGCCUUCGAGAGAAACUAAAUAAACUUAGGCAACAGAAUGCUUGUUUGGUCACACAGAAUCAUUCCUUAAUGACCAAAUUUGAAUCUAUCCACUUUGAAUUAACACAGUCAAGAGCAAAAGUUUCCAUGCUUGAAUUUGCUCAACAGCAGGCAGCCAGUGUCCCAAUCUUAGAAGAACAGAUUAUAAAUUUGGAAGCAGAGGUUUCAGCUCAAGAUAAAGUUUUGAGAGAGGCAGAAAAUAAGCUGGAACAGAGCCAGAAAAUGGUAAUUGAAAAGGAACAGAGUUUGCAGGAGUCCAAAGAGGAAUGUAUAAAAUUAAAGGUGGACUUACUUGAACAAACCAAACAAGGAAAAAGAGCUGAACGACAAAGGAAUGAAGCACUGUACAAUGCUGAAGAGCUGAGUAACGCUUUCCAACAAUAUAAAAAGAAAGUGGCUGAAAAACUGGAAAAGGUUCAAGCUGAAGAAGAAAUAUUAGAGAGAAAUCUAAUUAACUGUGAAAAAGAAAAUAAAAGGCUACAAGAAAAGUGUGGUCUAUGUAAAAGUGAACUUGAAAUUCUGAAAGAGAAAUUAAGGCAGUUAAAAGAAGAAAAUAACAAUGGAAAAGAAAAACUAAGGAUCAUGGCAGUGAAAAAUUCAGAAGUCAUGGCACAGCUAACUGAAUCUAGACAAAGUAUUUUGAAGCUAGAGAGUGAGUUAGAGAACAAAGACGAAAUACUUAGAGACAAAUUUUCUUUAAUGAAUGAAAACCGAGAAUUAAAGGUCCGUGUUGCAGCACAGAAUGAGCGACUAGAUUUAUGUCAACAAGAAAUUGAAAGUUCAAGGGUAGAACUAAGAAGUAUGGAAAAGAUUAUAUCCCAGUUGCCAUUAAAGAGAGAAUUAUUUGGCUUUAAAUCGUCUCUUUCUAAAUACCAGAUGAGUAGCUUCUCAAACAAGGAAGACCGUUGCAUUGGCUGCUGUGAGGCAAAUAAAUUGGUGAUUUCGGAAUUGAGAAUUAAGCUUGCAAUAAAAGAGGCAGAAAUUCAAAAGCUUCAUGCAAACCUGACUGCAAAUCAGUUAUCUCAGAGUCUUAUUACUUGUAAUGACAGCCAAGAAAGUAGCAAAUUAAGUAGUUUAGAAACAGAACCUGUAAAGCUAGGUGGUCAUCAAGUGGCAGAAAGCGUGAAAGAUCAAAAUCAACAUACUAUGAACAAGCAAUAUGAAAAAGAGAGGCAAAGACUUGUUACUGGAAUAGAAGAGCUACGUACUAAGCUGAUACAAAUAGAAGCUGAAAAUUCUGAUUUGAGGGUUAACAUGGCUCACAGAACUAGUCAGUUUCAGCUGAUUCAAGAGGAGCUGCUAGAGAAAGCUUCAAACUCCAGCAAACUGGAAAGUGAAAUGACAAAGAAAUGUUCUCAACUUUUAACUCUUGAGAAACAGCUGGAAGAAAAGAUAGUUGCUUAUUCCUCUAUUGCUGCAAAAAAUGCAGAACUAGAACAGGAGCUUAUGGAAAAGAAUGAAAAGAUAAGGAGUCUAGAAACCAAUGUUAAUACAGAGCAUGAGAAAAUUUGUUUAGCCUUUGAAAAAGCAAAGAAAAUUCACUUGGAACAGCAUAAAGAAAUGGAAAAGCAGAUUGAAAGACUUGAAGCUCAACUAGAGAAAAAGGAUCAACAAUUUAAAGAACAAGAAAAGACUAUGUCCAUGUUGCAACAAGAUAUAAUAUGCAAACAGCAUCAUCUUGAAUCACUAGAUAGACUCUUGACGGAAAGCAAAGGGGAAAUGGAAAAGGAAAAUAUGAAGAAAGAUGAAGCUUUAAAAGCAUUACAGAACCAAGUAUCUGAAGAAACAAUCAAGGUUAGGCAACUAGAUUCAGCAUUAGAAAUUUGUAAGGAAGAACUUGUCUUGCAUUUGAAUCAAUUGGAAGGAAAUAAGGAAAAGUUUGAAAAACAGUUAAAGAAGAAAUCUGAAGAGGUAUAUUGUUUACAGAAAGAGCUAAAAAUAAAAAAUCACAGUCUUCAAGAGACUUCUGAGCAAAACAUUAUUCUACAGCAUACUCUUCAGCAACAGCAGCAAAUGUUACAACAAGAGACAAUUAGAAAUGGAGAGCUGGAAGAUACUCAAACUAAACUUGAAAAACAGGUGUCAAAACUGGAACAAGAACUUCAAAAACAAAGGGAAAGUUCAGCUGAAAAGUUGAGAAAAAUGGAGGAGAAAUGUGAAUCAGCUGCACAUGAAGCAGAUUUGAAAAGGCAAAAAGUGAUUGAGCUUACUAGCACUGCCAGGCAAGUAAAGCUUGAGAUGGAUCAGUACAAAGAAGAGCUGUCUAAAAUGGAAAAGGAAAUAAUGCACCUCAAACGAGAUGGAGAAAAUAAAGCAAUGCACCUCUCUCAAUUAGAUAUGAUCUUAGAUCAGACAAAGACAGAGCUAGAAAAGAAAACAAAUGCUGUAAAGGAGUUAGAAAAGUUACAGCACAGUACUGAAACUGAACUAACAGAAGCCUUGCAAAAACGGGAAGCACUUGAGACUGAACUACAAAAUGCUCAUGGAGAAUUAAAAAGUACUUUAAGACAACUCCAGGAAUUGAGAGAUGUACUACAGAAGGCUCAGUUAUCAUUAGAGGAAAAAUACACUACUAUAAAGGAUCUCACAGCUGAACUUAGAGAAUGCAAGAUGGAGAUUGAAGACAAAAAGCAGGAGCUCCUUGAAAUGGAUCAGGCACUUAAGGAGAGAAAUUGGGAACUAAAGCAAAGAGCAGCUCAGGUUACACAUUUGGAUAUGACUAUUCGCGAACACAGAGGAGAAAUGGAACAAAAAAUAAUUAAAUUAGAAGGUACCCUGGAGAAAUCAGAAUUGGAACUUAAAGAAUGUAACAAACAGAUAGAAAGUUUGAAUGACAAGUUACAAAAUGCUAAAGAACAGCUUCGAGAAAAAGAGUUUAUAAUGCUACAAAAUGAACAGGAGAUAAGUCAACUGAAAAAAGAAAUCGAAAGAACACAACAAAGGAUGAAAGAAAUGGAGAGUGUUAUGAAAGAGCAGGAACAGUACAUUGCCACUCAGUACAAGGAGGCCAUAGAUUUGGGGCAAGAAUUGAGGCUAACCCGGGAGCAGGUGCAGAACUCUCAUACAGAAUUGGCGGAGGCUCGUCGUCAACAAGUCCAAGCACAGAGAGAAACAGAAAGGCUCUCUAGCGAACUGGAGGAUAUAAAGCAACUCUCUAAAGAGAAAGAUGCUCAUGGAAACCAUUUAGCUGAAGAAUUGGGGGCUUCUAAAGUACGUGAAGCUCAUUUAGAAGCAAGAAUGCAAGCAGAAAUCAAGAAAUUGUCAGCAGAAGUAGAAUCUCUCAAAGAAGCUUAUCAUAUGGAGAUGAUUUCACAUCAAGAGAACCAUGCAAAGUGGAAGAUUUCUGCUGACUCUCAAAAGACUUCUGUUCAGCAACUAAAUGAACAAUUAGAGAAGGCAAAACUGGAAUUAGAAGAAGCUCAGGAUACUGUAAGCAAUUUGCAUCAACAAGUCCAAGAUAGGAAUGAAGUAAUUGAAGCUGCAAAUGAAGCAUUACUUACUAAAGAAUCAGAAUUAACCAGAUUACAAGCCAAAAUUUCUGGACAUGAAAAGGCAGAAGACACCAAGUUUCUACCAGGCCCAUUUACAUCUCCAACAGAAAUUAUGCCUGAUGUUCAAGAUCCAAAAUUUGCUAAACAUUUUCACACAUCUUUUUCCAAGUGUACAAAAUUACGUCGCUCUAUUAGUGCCAGUGAUCUUACUUUCAAAACUCAUGGUGAUGAAGAUCUUUCUGAAGAAUUACUACAGGACUUGAAGAAAAUGCAAUUAGAACAGCCUUCAACAUCAGAAGAAAGCCGUAAGAAUCUGACUUACACCCAGCCAGACUCAUUUAAACCUCUCACGUAUAACCUAGAAGAUGAUAGUUCUGAGAGUAAUGACUUUAGCACGCUUAGUGGGAUGCUAAGGUACAUAAACAAAGAAGUAAGACUAUUAAAAAAGUCUUCUAUGCAGACAGGUGCUGGUUUAACUCAGGGAGAAAAUGUGUAAUUAAAAGAAGAUACCGAUAUGUUGAAAAAAAUGGAAUUUUUGGUACUGUGCUGUGUUUACUUAUUAUAUGUAGCUCAUACUUCAUAGAAGCUGUUAUUUUGCUUUUGAAUAAAUUUUAUAUUUCAAUAUUUUAAAAGAAAGCCCCACUAAAACUUAAUUAUAUUUUUAAAGAAAAUUUAUUAUUUUAUUUAUUGUUUUUUGGCUUAAACUUGCUGCUUUCCUUUGCUUUUUAUAUAAAAAUCAUUGUUAAAAUGCAUAAGUACAUUGAGGAAUGUAAAUUUUUUUUGUUUUUGAAAUGAAAGGCCUCACAUAUUUACUACUGAACCUAGCCAACCAAUGCGUUCAUAACAGAUGCAGAGAGAAAAAAUAUAUUCCCAACAAAACAUGUCAAACUCUCCAGAUAGUGGUGACAUUUUCACCUUGAUAUGGUAACAUGAUUGUGACUUUCAGACAGCAUAAAUAUGUUUGCCAUCUCAUGUGCAGUUCCUUAUAGACCCAGCUUGGUUCUUCUCCAUUGUCUCCUUUUGGUUUUAUUUUAUUAAUAAAAUCCUGAUUUUAUUACCAGUUUUCAUCCGAA